AUGGCCAUAAACCUAGCCAAAUUUCUCAUACUGUUUUUCACUAUUUCGAUCUGCAACGCCGUCACGAAUCCAAGUCCGAUUUCCGAUUCUCACUGUUCCGCUGCUUUACAACUCUUCGAUGGUUCCUCUUCAAGUUUAGAAGAAGCCUGUGAUGCUCUAAGAGUAUUUGAGAUUCUUGCGCUUGAGAAUAAGCCUGAUGUGAGCAUAACCACUUGUCGGAAGGUAGUGGAAAAUCUCGGGUCGUCGUCCUCUCUCAAGGAUUUGUUCUAUGCCUUAAAGGUUGACAAACAAGAAUUUGGAUUGAAACCAAUGAAUUGCCCACGACACUGCUUGAUAUUUAAACACAGAGUUCGUUCAUAUAGAGAACUUCCUCUUCGUUUUGCUGAUUUUGGGGUUUUGCAUCGAAAUGAGGCCAGUGGUGCCCUAAGUGGAUUAACACGUGUUAGGAGAUUUCAGCAGGAUGAUGCACAUAUUUUCUGCAGGGAGUCCCAGGUUAAAGAUGAAGUGAGAAAAGCCUUGGACUUCAUUGAUUAUGUCUAUCAAAUAUUUGGUUUCACAUAUGAACUGAAACUUUCAACGAGGCCAGAGAAUAAGCUUGGAGAUGAUGAAACGUGGGAUAGGGCUGAAAGUGCUCUCAAGGAGGCUUUGGAUGAAGUUGCAUUAUUGUUGACUGGAGUGAGAAACAUUGACAUACUCAGGAAAACUAACAACCUUACUGUGAAUUCAAGGUGCAGAUUUUUAUUUUGCAAAGAUAGUAGAAGAAAAUAUAUUGGCCGAGUGAGGUGCGCAACUGCAGUUCCUGGAACUAGAGAGAGGAUGGAGAUGGAGAGGAAAGAGAGGGUAAGAAAAGCUGAGGCGUUGGUUGAGAAAGCAAUGAAAGGGAAUGAUGCUUCUCACGAUGCAGUGCAUGUUUGGAGGGCUCGUGACCUUGCUCUCUCCCUUGCCUCUGAGGAAGGCCUCUCUUCUGAUCCACACUCCAUGGAAAUCUUACAGCUGGCACCUGUUUUCUUUACUUUCUCGCUUGGAACGAAAAUGCACUAUUUUGGGCACACUCUCCUGCAUGGAGGGGCAAAGUACAGAGCAACUGGGCAUGGAUUUGUCGUUCGUCAUGAAAAGUUUGCAGACAAUUACAGGAUGUACUCUAGGAGUCACUUUGUCAAAGGGAUUGAGCUCACAAUAUUGCUCAUUUGUUAUAUGAUUUAUGGAUCAGCAACAACUGACUCAGCAGCAUACGCAUUUCUGUCAUGGUCAAUGUGGUUUUUGGUUAGCUCUUGGUUGUUUGCUCCUUUCCUUUUCAAUCCAUCAGGAUUUUAA